AGCGCUCCCGCGAGACGCUCACCUGCGCCCCAGGUGAGCGGCGAGGGGGGCGGGGGGAGGGGCCGAGCUGGAGGUGGCUCACCUGGCGGGACAGGUGCCUGGCUACGGCAAACCAUGCGGUGAGCCAUGCCUCGCCCUGGACACCCCCGCCCAUCAUCUGGGCCCCCACGCUUGGGACCCUGGGAGCGGCCAACGGAGCUAUGCCUGGAGACAUAUGACGAGCCAUCCUGGGCCCCACCGAGCCGCCGCACCCGUAGGCCAGACCCCAAGGACCCCGGCCACCAUGGACCCGAGAGCCUUACCUUCAUCUCUGGCUCUGCUGAGCAGGCUGCUGAGCCCCCAGCCUGCUGCCUGCUCUGGCGACCCUGGGUGUGGGACUGGUGCCGGGCUGCCUUCUGCUUCCGCCGCUGCCGGGAUUGCCUCCAGCGCUGUGGAGCCUGUGUGCGGGGCUGCAGCCCCUGCUUGCCCGCUGGGGACUCCCCUGAAGGGGCUGCUGAAGCCAGCUGGGUCAAGGAGCACAACGGAGUGCCCCCCAGCCCUGACCGUGCCCCUCCCAGCCGGCGGGACGGCCAUCGGCUCAAGUCGGCCAUGGGGAGCAGCUUCAGCUACCCUGACGUCAAGCUCAAAGGCAUUCCUGUGUAUCCCUACCGCAGCACCACCUCCCCAGCCCUGGACGCGGACUCCUGCUGCAAGGAGCCACUGGCCGACCCCCCACCCACGCGGCACAGCCUGCCCAGCACCCUUGCCAGCAGUCCCCGAGGCUCUGAGGAGUACUACUCCUUCCACGAGUCGGACCUGGACCUGCCCGAGAUAGGCAGUGGCUCCAUGUCCAGCCGAGAGAUCGAUGUGCUCAUCUUUAAGAAGCUGACAGAGCUGUUCAGCGUACACCAGAUCGACGAGCUGGCCAAGUGCACCUCAGACACUGUGUUCCUGGAGAAGACCAGUAAGAUAUCGGACCUUAUCAGCAGCAUCACCCAGGACUACCACCUGGAUGAGCAGGACGCUGAGGGCCGCCUGGUACGCGGCAUCAUUCGCAUCAGUACCCGAAAGAGCCGUGCCCGCCCGCAGACCACAGAGGGGCGCUCAACCAGGGUGGCUGCCUCUGCUGCCCCUGCCCCUGACAGUGGCCAUGAGACCAUGGUGGGCUCAGGGCUCAGCCAGGAUGAACUCACAGUGCAGAUCUCCCAGGAGACGACCGCAGAUGCCAUCGCCAGGAAGCUGAGGCCUUAUGGAGCCCCAGGAUACCAAGCCAGCCACGACUCAUCCUUCCAGGGCACCGACACAGACUCUUCAGGGGCACCCCUGCUCCAGGUCUACUGCUAACCCGCACUGGGCCCAGGGGCCGCAACCCCUUCUGAGAGAAGCACAUCUACUGCAUGAAGAGAGAGACCAGAACCCUCUUUGUGGGAGGGAGGCCAUGAGCCCAGAAGCAGUGCCCACUCUGGCUCCUCCUGCCUUGGCUGACUGGUUCCUGGACCACAUGCAUUUCACUGGGCCACGGUGCCCACAUCCCCCGGGUCCUCCACUGGCCUGACCCCUGCCUGGGCCUGUUCCUUCCUGCCCACAGUCUUCAGGAAGCCUAGGUCAUGGAAAGCGAAGACUGAGGGGUUAAUUUCUGGAACUGGAUCCUGACUCUGCCCCCAUAACAUGCUCCCCCUGUAACAUACACCCCAUAACCAAUCAUGCAAACCUCCCCCUCCCCAGGACAGCUGGGAGGGAAGGUAACAGGUAAAAGAAGCUUGUCUUAAAUGGAUUGGGUUUGGGGGCAGGCAGGGCCUCGGGAAUUCUGUGGGCAGCGCCCGAUCCACGUUACGUCCUGUUGAGCAGUUAGGUUCUCGGCUGAUGUUCUACCUGCUAACGUGACUAUAGUACAAAACUUAAUAGACAUCUGCCUGCUCA